AUGCAAGAAUCAAAAAUGCAGCUGGUCGACUGGCUAGAUGACUUGUGUGUCCGCUUCAUCAUCAACCUGCCGCAAGAAGAGCUCGAAAGCGUCGCUCGAAUCUGCUUCCAGGUCGAGGAAGCCCAGUGGUUCUAUGAGGAUUUCAUCCGUCCCACCGACCCCUCGCUACCCUCGCUCAACCUACGCGACUUUUGUCUGCGCAUCUUCCAGCACUGCCCCCUCCUGUCCACCUUCUCCGACUCGCAACACACCGCCGCCUACCAAGAGUUCCUGGCCUACAAGACCCGCGUCCCCGUCAGGNNGGGUGCCAUUCUGCUCAACCAUGACAUGGAUCAGGUAGUCCUCGUCAAGGGCUGGAAGAAGAGCGCUACAUGGAGUUUCCCUCGCGGCAAGAUCAACAAGGACGAGCCAGAUCUCGACUGCGCCAUUCGUGAGGUCUGGGAAGAGACAGGCUACGACAUUGCUGCUGCUGGUCUGGCCAACGACGACCAGAAAUACAUUGACGUGACCAUGCGGGAGCAGCAUUUGCGAAUGUUUGUCUUCCGUGGUGUUCCUCUCGACACUUACUUUGAGCCCAAGACGCGCAAGGAGAUCAGCGUUUGUCUCUCCAACACUUACAUCCUCAAACUCUUGAACAUGCUGACAGAUUGUAGNAAAAUCGCUUGGUACCGCUUGACCGAUCUACCCUCAUAUACCAACAAGAGACAAAACAACCGUGUCAUUUCACACCAACAAGAUGGCAAUGCCGAGAACGGCACUGUGAGCGCCAACAAACUAUACAUGGUUGCACCCUUCUUGCCUCCGUUGAAGAAGUGGAUCAACCAACAAAAGAAGCGCCACGCCGCUCGUCAAGUCCACGUUGAAUCUGUUGUUGAGGAAGCUGUAGAUAUUCCCUCAGACUCACCUGCUUUGGAAGCGCCUGCUGCGAAUGCUGCCUUUGAACUUAAACGUCUAUUGAGCGUCAACGUGCCAGGCCAGGANAACCCCCAGACGGCGAGCGGAGAAGGACAACAGGCAAACGCAUUGCUAGCCAUGCUUCGUGGAAAUGCUUCUACUGGCGGACUGGCACCUCCAGCAACCAACGAUCUGCCGCCAGCGACGCCUCUAGACCAGGUCGUAAGCACCCCUCCGGAGCCUGGGACUCCGCACUACCAGCAUCACCAGCCUUCGCCUGCCGUCAGACAGCAACCUCCUCCAGGCUUCCCCUUCCCCUCGCCUGCUCAUCAGCGUAAUGUGUCUCUCCAUCCACCAGGCUUCUUCGGUCAAAACGCUCACGAGAACCUACAACGUGUCAUGCCAGCAAUGUCGCACAUGUCCCAGCAACCUCCGCAUGCUGUUGGCCAUAUCCAUCCUCAGGGCUCGCAUCCGUCUAUGCAACAGCAGCUGUUCCCUGGCGGUCAUCCUGCGCCAAUUGCUCACGGUCCAAUUGCUCCUUCAGCCUCCCAGUUGCCCGCUCCAAGGCUUAACAACCAUGCCAUGAACUUGCUGAGUGCUUUCAAGGCUCCUUCACAAUCGCCCGUCACUCACAAUGCCACGCCAUUUGGCAAUGGCUCCAUGUCUUACCCGAGUCCCCAUCAAAGCCACAUGCAGACCCAGCAGCAACAGCCUUCUGGAGAAGCACAGCAUACUCGUAGGAGAUCUGCACACCAGAACUCUCUGUUAGGUCUCUUCAAAUCUCCCGAUCCUCCCAGAGCGACUCCGGUCUCUCAGGUCCCUCAGACAACUCUUCCGUUCCAUAUUGCUCAAUCUCCUGCUCCAUCUGCACCCACACCGACGGCACCAACUCCUCAGCAAAGAAAUGCAAACUUGGCAAUGUUGACAAGGACCUUACCAAAGGCCAAACCGACCCCCUCGCCUGCACAGGCAAAGACGGAUAUGUUCCCGGCAAAGCAAGUUGUACAGGAAGUACAAGCGAUGCAAAACAGAGCCACGCCCGAGGCUUCGAAUAAAAGCUUCUCUCACGAUGCCCCGCGCGCUCCAGUGUCGAUUCUACCGCGACCUGGGUCUGCAUCUACCACAGCGGCUACUAGAGGUUCCUCGGGUUCACCUGCACCUCCGCCUUCCGAGUCGGUCCAAACUCCACACAAGUUGCGACGAGGCAACAAGAGUGACUCACCGGCCAAUUUCACCAUUCUACAACGACCCUCGCCUAGAGCUGAUCACAAUGGAUCACCCGAGAUGCCUCAGGUCAGACAGCCGCCUCCUCCUCCUCCUCCUAAGCAAGCUACAUCAAAGCAAGCAGCACCCAAGCAGUCUGCUGCAAGGCAGACGCAAGAAGCACCCAAGCAAUUCCAGCCGCAGAUCCUACAAAGGCCAAAGGUAGACAAGACAGCGGCUAGUCCAGGUUUGGAACAAACCUCACAGCACCCUGGAGAGCAACGUAAUGCACUCCUCGCCUUGUUCGCAAAGCAGAAUCCUGGACUUUCACAAGCUGAGAGUAGAUCUGGAUCAGCCAUGUCGAACAACUCAGGAGCGCCUCUGCCAACGGAUCCGGCAAUCUUCAGGUCACGAUUGGCCAGCGCUUCUUCGGUGGUGAGCAAUGGAGGGGAUAAUGAUGGACUUAGAUCGCCAUCUACUCCAGUGGAAGCUAAAGGAUUUCUGCUCGACUAUCUUAAUGGUGUAGUGAAGAGCGAGAAGAACAAGGGUCCUAAGAGAGGUCCUGUCUGA